AUGGGGCCCCUAAAAGUCGCGGGGCCCAUAGGUAGCUGUCACGGUCUCAUGGGGCCCCUAAAAGUCGCGGGGCCCAUAGGUAGCUGUCACGGUCUCAUGGGGCCCCGAAAAGUCGCGGGGCCCAUAGGUAGCUGUCACGGUCUCAUGGGGCCCCUAAAAGUCGCGGGGCCCGUAGGUAGCUGUCACGGUCUCAUGAGGCCCCUAAAAGUCGCGGGGCCCAUAGGUAGCUGUCACGGUCUCAUGGGGCCCCUAAAAGUCGCGGGGCCCGUAGGUAGCUGUCACGGUCUCAUGGGGCCCCUAAAAGUCGCGGGGCCCGUAGGUAGCUGUCACGGUCUCAUGGGGCCCCUAAAAGUCGCGGGGCCCAUAGGUAGCUGUCACGGUCUCAUGAGGCCCCUAAAAGUCGCGGGGCCCGUAGGUAGCUGUCACGGUCUCAUGAGGCCCCUAAAAGUCGCGGGGCCCGUAGGUAGCUGCCUACUCUGCCUAAUGGGUAAUCCGGGACUGGCUUCGGCCGAUAAUCGGCAACCAUCAAGCGGACCGUUAUUUUGUGACGUUCGCGUAUUCGUGAUUCCACCAAUAUGA